AAGCAUUAAGAUACUUACGAGUACACGAAGAAAUUGCUCUUAAGUUUCUGUUGUCACACGUUGUAUUGAGCAUCAUAUCGAAAUGUCGUCUUGAAAGUUAAAGUAUUCCUAUUUCCGGAAUUAGAACCACAGCAAAGCGAGGAUGCUGUCGAAGAUUUCCAUGCUUGGUCUCGAUGGAAGCCCCGUAUUUUUUCACAGACGUGGAGAGCGACUUAAGGUUCCGAGAUACCAGAACACUUUUCGCCUAGAGCCAUUCAAAGCUUUUCACGCGGCGGCAGUCGACAAGAUCAUUCGUGAUGUGAUGGAAAGCAAAUUAUCGGCGAUUACGUCAUACCAACCAGAUCAGACGUCAAAAUUAUGUUUGGAAAUUGCCAACGAUGUGCUAAAGGCUGUCGGCAAGAGAGAUUACGAUAGGUGCAAGGUGGUGACGCAGGUAUACAUAAUCCAGCGCUUCGAGCAAAGUAUUCACGCGGCCUUCCAGUGUUUCUGGGAUGUGGAACGUGAUAAUUACUCGUAUCACGUGUUCGAGAACAAUUAUAUAUACGCUUGGUGCUGCGUAUUCGGCAUAUAUUACGACUGAAUGCGACAAUUUCGGACUAAUACUGUGCGUGCAUUUGCGUAUUACAUAUAUACUCGAGAACUCAUUAGCUUAUAAUAUCGAAUUAUAACAUUAUGAAGCUUAUAAAUAUUUAUCGCAUUAUUGUGGAGUCACACGAUGGGGAUGGUAUUAGUCUCUCUCUCUCUCUCAAUAAUAACAGUUUCAAUACGAUGAUGUAUAUCAAGAACACUGAUGCUACACCGCGCGCAAAUUUAUUGGUUUAAAAUAUGCUCGACGUAAAUCACGCAUGAAUCGCAUAAAUGUAUGAAAAUAUAAAAUACGCAUUAAUACGCGUAAUAUGCGUAAUGAGAAAGUGAAAGAAUGGAGAAAUUAAAUGAGUCAUUAGAUGGAGAAUAUUGACAUGAGCUAAUAUAGAGAUGAAAUUUUAACACGUAUAUAAUUUUAAUCCGUUUUUUCGCACGCAGUGUGAAUUUUAGUAUGACGUAAAGAGAUUUAGACCCUUCUCUUUACUGGAUCAUCAAAGGCUAUCACAUGUCACAGUAGCGGAUGUUAAAAUUAAUUAUACGGAACCUCUCCUGUCCCUCGAAAUCCGGAAAAUAUGAAUAAUCAUUUCAAAUCCGUUCAAUAGUUUAAUCAACGAAAGUUGCUUAAAUUUCUAAUUCAGCGCAGCGCUGAUAACGCUGCAAUAAGAGCAAUUAUCGCUAAUGCGGCAUUCGAGUGGACUAAUCGCUCGUAGUAAAAUACAGCGGGUGACGGUAAUGCGGGAACAAUUACUUUACCGCGAAUGCAUGGCUGCAACCAUACAAUGCCAUUGUUUUACUCGAGGCAAAACGAGAAGCUUCUUUAUACGGUUGCCUUGAUAAUUAUGUUUCUUCGAGUACGAGCGAUGACCCAGGAUCGUGUCAAGCUGGAGUGUUUAAAAAGUCCGGUAAUUGUUUCUUCCCUCAACGGAAUGAACAAAGGGCGAGCUAAAAAGGUUUCCCGACAUAACUUACUUCUUGCACGAACUCGAUAUACACGGUGUCCAUCAAAUGCCUAAACCUUCUGUUACUUAUUACAGAUUGUUAUAGAUUAUUCGAUCAACUUAGACAAUUAAUGGACUCUUAAGCUUAAUAAAAAUUACUAACAACACCAUUCUUCUUACUCGCCUUUAAUUUAUUAAUUCAUUUUAAUUCAUUUUAAAUACGCUCAUAAUCAGCUUUGAAGUUAAAACUCUGUUGAAGUAAAGUGCCUUAUUACAGAAUUUUAAAUCGAGGAUUUGCAAACGUAUUAAAAUUGAUCCUGUUUCGCGAAAUACCUACUAUCGAUUUCCAAUAACUUGAAAUUCCUUUUAAGAUUAUCAAGGUUUUUUAUUAAAGUUUUAUUAAAAGAAAGUAAGCUGUCUCUUCAAAUUGCUCGAGAAAUUUGUCCAUGAAAGGAAACGAGUAAUCUAGUACAUCCGGUAUACUUGAAUGUGCUCAGCGACGUUGUUUCAACUGAAGGAAUGAUUGGAAAAAGUUCUGAUCGAUUAUGCAGUAACCAUUCGCUAUUAAUAUUUAUUGCUCUCACGACUUCGUGCUUUUUAUCCUUGUUCUACUCACGAUCCCAUGAUGAUUUAUCGCGAAACUUUCCGUCGGCUUUCAGUCUAUCCUUCGUCGGAAUAAUAGACGGCGGUUUAAAGUUUCGGAGACACCGCGAACAUUUUUAUGAACAUUGGCAUGCUCUUCGAGACGUGUCUUCGAUUGAAAAGUAGUAUCGUUAUAUUUCCAAUCGCUAUCGCGAUACUAUCAAAUGAAAGUGGUUUUAACGUUCUUAUUCGAAGAAGAAAUAUUUUGAAAAAUAAAGAUAUAUUACUGCAGGUUUUGUUUGGAAAAGACAAAUUUUCUUAUGAUUCUUAUGUUAAUCCGAAUUCGAAGUCGGUCCCAUAUUGCCGGCUGUAGAGUAAUAAUAAUUAUGCAUUUAAACUUUUUAUCGCAAGCAACUUGCCCACCGU